UCGCCUCUGCUCGUCAGGCGGAAACCGGGGCGAGGCGGGGACGGCGGCGGCGCAGCCGGGCCGGGGGCUGCGCUCCGCACCCCGAAAGGCUCGGGGGGCUCCUCUUUGCACCCCAAAAGAUCCGGGGAGCUCCUCUUUGCGCCCCAAAAGAUCCGGGGAGCUCCUCUUUGCGCCCCAAAAGAUCCGGGGGCGCUCCUCUUUGCACCCCAAAAGAUCCGGGGAGCUCCUCUUUGCGCCCCAAAAGAUCCGGGGAGCUCCUCUUUGCGCCCCAAAAGAUCCGGGGGCGCUCCUCUUUGCACCCCAAAAGGCUCGGAGGCUCCGCUCUGCACCCCGCAAGGUUCGAGGGGCUCCUUUCCGCACCCUAUAAAGCUCGGGGGGCUCCGCUCUGCACCCCAAAAGGCUUGGGGGGCUCCGCUUUGAACCCACCCAGCUCGGGGGGCUCUAUUCUGCACCCUAAAAGGAUCGGGGGGCUCCGCUCUGCACCCCCAAAAGGAUCGGAGGGCUCCGCUCCGCACCCCAUAAAUCUCGGGGGGCUCCUCUCCGCACCCCACCCGGCUCGGGGGGCUCCACUCCGCACCCCAUAAAUCUCGGGGGGCUCCGCUGGGGCUGCCGAGGAUGAGGAGGAUGUGACGGGCGCGGCCGCAGCGGGACAUGGCACAGUGAGAGCCGCUCCUCACCCGCUGCCGCCAGCCACCAUGGGCUGCUGCUGCAGCUCGGACUACGACGAGGACUGGAUCGAGAACAUCGACAUCUGCGAGCACUGCAAUUACCCCAUCGAGCCCGACAGCAAGCGCCAGAGGCCGAUCCGCAACGGCUCCGAGGUCCGAGACCCCCUGGUGUCCUACGAGUCCUCGUCACCUCCGUGCUCCCCCAUGCAAGACAAGCUGGUGGUGGCCCUGUACAACUACGAGCCCAAGCAUGACGGGGACCUGGGGCUGCGCAAGGGGGAGAAGCUGCGCGUGCUGGAGGAGAAUGGUGAGUGGUGGAAGGCACAGUCGCUCACCACGGGCCAGGAGGGGCUGAUCCCACACAACUUCGUGGCCUUGGUGAACAGCCUGGAGCCCGAGCCGUGGUUCUUCAAGAACAUCAGCCGCAAGGACGCCGAGCGGCAGCUCCUGGCCUCGGGCAACACCCACGGCUCCUUCCUCAUCCGCGAGAGCGAGACCUCCAAAGGCUCGUACUCGCUGUCCGUGCGGGACCUGGACGAGAGGCAGGGAGAGACGGUGAAGCACUACAAGAUCCGGAACCUGGACAGCGGCGGCUUCUACAUCUCCCCCCGCGCGCCCUUCGGCAGCCUCAGGGAGCUGGUGCAGCACUACACACGCAGCUCCGACGGGCUCUGCUGCCGCCUGGGCAAGCCCUGCCGGACGCAGAAGCCGCAGAAGCCGUGGUGGCAGGACGAGUGGGAGGUGCCGCGGGAGUCGCUGAAGCUGGUGGAGAAGCUGGGAGCGGGGCAGUUCGGAGAGGUCUGGAUGGGCUUCUACAACGGGCACACGAAGGUGGCAGUGAAGAGCCUGAAGGCUGGCAGCAUGUCCCCCAGCGCCUUCCUGGCCGAGGCCAACCUGAUGAAGAAGCUGCAGCACGCGCGGCUGGUGCGGCUCUACGCCGUGGUCACCAAGGAGCCCAUCUACAUCAUCACCGAGUUCAUGGAGAAGGGCAGCCUCGUGGAUUUCCUCAAGACCUCGGAAGGAGUCAAGCUCAGCAUCAACAAACUCCUGGACAUGGCAGCUCAGAUUGCUGAAGGCAUGGCUUUCAUCGAGGCCAAGAAUUACAUCCACAGGGACCUGAGGGCCGCCAACAUCCUGGUCUCGGACACUCUGUGCUGCAAAAUCGCCGAUUUUGGGCUGGCCCGGCUCAUCGAGGACAACGAGUACACGGCUCGGGAGGGGGCCAAAUUCCCGAUUAAGUGGACGGCGCCCGAGGCCAUCAACUACGGCACGUUCACCAUCAAGUCGGACGUGUGGUCCUUCGGCAUCCUGCUCACCGAGAUCGUCACCUACGGCCGGAUCCCGUAUCCAGGCAUGACGAACCCCGAGGUGAUCCAGAACCUGGAGCGCGGGUACCGCAUGCCGCAGCCCGAGCAGUGCCCGCCGGAGCUGUAUGAGCUGAUGAGGCAGUGCUGGAAGGAGAGCCCCGAGGAGCGCCCCACCUUCGACUUCCUCAGGAGCGUCCUCGAGGAUUUCUUCACCGCCACCGAGGGCCAGUACCAGCAGCAGCCCUGAGCCCUCAGACCCCACAGACCCCAUGGACGCCGCCUCAGGCUGGCGGUGAACUCUGGGAGGAUUUGAAGCGCUCCAAAGCUUUGGGAACAGCAGAUUUGACUCCUUCAGGAGGGGCUGAGCAGACCCCCAAGCGCUGGGGGAUGGCAGAGGUGCCCACCCUGCUGUCCCUGCCCUUCCCGGGGGCACAGCCAGGCCCCGGCCCCUCAGGGCUCCCCUCAGCCCGCUCUGAGGUGCCCCCCUCACACCCCGGGCAUGGCUGGAGCUCCCCCAGCAGCGCUGGCCACUGCACCCCCGGCUGUGGGACACUCCUUCUCCACCCCAGGGCGUCUGCAGGACCCGUCCCACAAUAAUUUUGGGGAAAUAAAGGCAUUUUCAGCGGC